UUUGCAUUUUCAAAUCAUUCGCUCAGCUUCAGUUGAACAGUCAAUAUGAUGGUAAAAGUGCUUUUGUUGGCCGCUCUGGCUACAGUUUUGGUGUCCGCAGAAGAUACUGUAAAAUUCCAAAAGUUAGUCAUUUAUGGACCCUUCGAAAUCAUCGACAUGCCCAAGCUAUGGAAAAUGUACAAGACCAGUUUCAACAAGAACUACACGCCAGUUGAAGAUAAAAUGCGGUGCAAAAUGUUUGAAAAAUCCGUUAAAUCCGUUGUAGAACUUAACAUGAAAUCCAUUGCCACAAUGGAAAUGGGCCUCCAACGCUUUGCCAUUAACUCGUUCAGCGACAGCACGCCAGAAGAAUUGCGAAAGAUGGCUGGAUUCAAACUUCCCAUCUCCACGGAGGAACCUAAGGACAUCAACCAGCAAAUGCUUUAAAGGUUGCUUCUGCUGCUUCGAAACUUUCCAAUAAAUAAACGGUUAUUUUAAUCAGCAA